AUGAAAUUAGCUUCCCUCGCCACCGUUAUCUUCUCGGCUCGUGCGGGCACCGCCACUGACAUCCGAGUGGAUAUCUCGUCGUCGGAAAAACGCAAACUAACCCAGAGCAGGAGCGACGCCAGUCACCACAAAAUGAAGGAUCCCCGCGCCUUGAUCUCUUCGAUCAACUGUAGUCCUGAUUCUGUGGCUGAGUGGAUUGACGAAGAAGUACAGAGAAAGGGGUGCGACAUCUUCCUUGAGCCAUAUCAGGAGGCUUGCGGAAAAUACGAGGACUACAACAGCACCUUCGAGUGCCAGUUCCUCAGUGCUUUCAUGCCUCCUUCUGGAGCGGCGGCACUUGUUGCGUCCAAUGAGCUAGAGGAGUGCGAGUACUUUGUUUCGCGGUUGUUGCCAAAUUCAUACUUCACUGACUAUGAUAGUCUCAAUGUAUUGUUUGGGAGUUCUGGAGAGUUCCCUUCCUUUCAUAGCUGUCGCCAGUCUCGUGAUAUGUGUGAGGUAAAGGUACUGUUCGAAGCAGAUGAUACACCCCGCCCGGUCUGGGCCACCGCGCCCCCAACCCUGCCACCCUACACAGAACGAGUGCCCUGUACCAGGUGCGAUUUCUUCUAUGAAGAUGACGCCAACUGUUUCGACGCAGAUUGUUCCAUCUACGACUGUUUGGGCCCCGAAACAGACGAGCCAACUCAGGCACCGACUCCAAUUCAUGGUGGCAACGAGUCUGUUUUCGACGUCGCAACGAGCCCAGAGGUUUCAACCGCUAGGACAAGCAAUAUCCCCGAUGUGGUAAACGUUUGCGUCAAGAACUCUCGGUCCGAUCAGUUCUCGUACACCGAGUAUCGCAAAGGGCUUUACUAUGGAUGCGUUAUGAAGAGUGAAGAGAAGCUUUUUACCACCGAGUUUCAGGUGGGUGCUACCAAUGUCCAGGUAGUCACACUCAAGAUUGGGGAACUUUACACUGACGAAGAACUUGACAACCCAACAAUCCCUGAAGAUGAUGACGACGACCUGCUUGGCAGCAACAACGAUGAAGAAGAGGACACGUUUGACUAUUGCGAAGUCACGGUGGACGGUGAAACUUGCGACAGCUGCACCUUUUGUGAAGAUGAAGAUCCCUCCAACAUGGCCAUUGACUGUACCAAUGUGGUCCCUGGUGCCCUGACGUCCUGUCAAUCCCUCACAGAUUUCUAUCAUGGCAUUAUCCACAAGCUCAUCGUGCUUCAGGAGGGUUUUGUGUUCACACAGGCACCCACGCCCAGCCCGACUCCACGUCCAACUGCACGUCCAACUCCACGUCCAACUGCGCGUCCAACUCCUUCUCCAGCUGUCGCUGCCACCCAAAGUGGCGGCAACAGUGGCGGAGAACCGGCAGCAGUUGAGACCUCUGGCAAUCCUGAUAUUAGUCCUUUGGAGUGGGGCCCUUCUCCAGCCCCUGCCAGCGCAUCAGUGCCUCAAACUGGACCCUCAGCUUUGUUUGGAUUGGUUUGCACCAUUGUCAUGAGCUUGUUCUGGUAA